UUUCGACACAUCUCUUUUUUAUCAUAUAGUUGGACCAACUAGUAGUACAGAACCAAAAUUAGUUGCAUAUUUUCUUGACUUUUGAGCACUGAAUCGAAUUAAAGAUAGUACUGUAGUGAUUAUUUUGAAAGUAAUCUAAGGCAGUUUAAUUGUUGCAGAAUGGCUAAAAAGCUUGUUUCCAGUUUCAACGAACCAGCAAUCGGUGGGUUAAUUGUUGCUGAAUUAACCAAGAGCACAAAUCCAAUUGAAAUAGGAUGGGGUAACGAAACAUCUAUUACAUUUUCCAAUCGAACUUUAAUUUGUGUAACGAACAAUGAUGUUCUAAGAACACUUGCUCGUGAUGCCCCAAAAUAUCAACUCUACGGCAAGACCCCAAUAGAGCGUACCCAAAUAGAUCACUGGUUGACCUACACACUUUCAGUAGAAAAAGACCCGGCCGAUGAACUGAAGUAUCUUAAUAAAUGUCUAGCCCCGUUAACGUUUCUUGUGGCAAAUCAUUUGACAAUAGCAGAUCUUGCGGUUUUCAAUGAAAUGUUCAACAGCUAUGAUGAGUUGAAAACAAUCGGAAUUCCAACUCAUGUCCAGCGCUGGUAUGAACUAAUUGCUGCUCAACCGGCCGUUCAAAAUGUUUUGAAACAUUUACCUAAAGAUAUCAAGUUAGUGAAACGAAUGAUUCGAGGCGGAAGUGCUGAGAAAAAUACCGAGAGAAAGCAGGAAGGAAAAUUUGUAGACCUUCCAGGCGCCGAAAUGGGGAAAGUAGUAGUUCGUUUUCCACCGGAAGCAUCUGGAUAUUUACACAUUGGUCAUGCAAAAGCUGCUCUACUGAAUCAGUAUUACCAGCAAGCGUUCCAGGGAAAAUUAAUUAUGAGAUUCGAUGACACCAAUCCUGCUAAAGAAAAUAUUCACUUUGAACAAGUGAUUUUAGAGGAUUUGAAAAUGCUUCAAAUUAAACCUGACUUAUUCACGCAUACGUCACAAUAUUUCGAUCUAAUGCUACAGUAUUGUGAACAAUUGAUGAAAGAAGGAAAGGCGUAUGUUGAUGACACUGAACCCGAACAGAUGAAAAAAGAACGCGAAGAAAAAGUUGAAUCGAAAAAUCGUGCUAAUUCCACUGAAAAGAACCUUCAAAUGUGGAACGAAAUGCUUAAAGGUACAGCACAAGGACAGAAAUGUUGCGUCCGUGCUAAAAUUGACAUGUCGUCUGCAAAUGGGUGUAUGCGAGAUCCUACUAUUUAUAGGUGUAAGAAUGAACCGCAUCCUCGAACCGGAACCAAAUAUAAAGUUUACCCGACAUAUGAUUUCGCAUGUCCGAUUGUCGACGCAAUCGAAAACGUAACGCACACACUUCGUACAAUGGAAUAUCAUGAUCGUGAUGAUCAGUUCUAUUGGUUUAUAGAGGCGCUAGGGUUACGACGACCUUACAUUUGGGAAUAUAGCCGGUUGAACAUGACCAACACUGUUCUUUCGAAGCGAAGACUUACGUGGUUUGUGGAGCAAGGACUUGUGGAUGGAUGGGACGAUCCUCGAUUCCCAACUGUUCGAGGUAUUCUUCGCCGAGGAAUUACUGUUGAAGGAUUGAAAGAGUUUAUCAUUGCUCAAGGAUCCAGUAAAUCUGUGGUUUUUAUGGAAUGGGAUAAAAUUUGGGCAUUUAACAAGAAAGUAAUAGACCCCAUCGCUCCUCGAUAUACAGCACUAGAGGCUACGAACCAGGUGAUCGUAAAUGUUGCGGGUGCUAAACUCGAAUCUGUAGAAGUACCUGUACAUCCUAAAAAUGUCGCUAUCGGUAUGAAAACUGUUUGGCGUGGACCACGCAUACUGAUCGAUUAUGCUGAUGCCAUUGAGUUGAAAGAAAAAGAAAACGCUACAUUCAUAAAUUGGGGCAACCUCAUGAUUGAUAAAAUUCAUAAAGAUGCUAGUGGCAAAAUAAUGUCGAUAGAUGCUUCCUUGAAUUUAGAUAACAAGGAUUUUAAAAAAACACUAAAGCUAACUUGGCUUUGCGAACAGAACCCGAAAGAAUAUCCGCCCACUUUUUGUGUAUAUUUUGACCAUAUAAUUAGCAAGCCAGUAUUAGGCAAGGAUGAGGACUUUAAAUCUUACAUAAAUCAGCAAACAAGAGUAGAAGUUCAAAUGUUGGGUGACCCCGAGCUCAAGAAACUACAAAAAGGCGAUAUUAUUCAACUACAACGCCGAGGAUUUUUCAAGGUUGAUCAAGCUUUUAAACCAGCUAGUGAGUUUAGUUCUGUUGAAACUCCAGUUGUAUUGUUUUCGAUUCCUGAUGGACAUACAAAAGAGCAACCUUCAACAGGGGCUCCGAAAAAAAGUGUAGCUGAAGGAACCAAGGAAAACAUCAGAUCAUCUAACAGUUCAUCAAAAGGUUUGUCCACAGAAGAAAUCAACGAAUCAAUUGUGCAACAGGGUGAAAAAGUAAGAACACUUAAAGCAGCUAACGCUGCAAAGUCAGACAUCGAGGCUGCCGUCAAAACUUUACUAAAUCUAAAAGGCACAUUUAAAGAAAGAACUGGUCUAGAUUGGAAACCGGAAAUAGUUUCAAUCAAAAAAAGCAUUACAACAGAAUCUACUGAUUCAAUCAACCUGAAAAUUGUUCAUCAAGGUAACGUGGUUCGGGAUUUGAAAACUAAGAAGGCCAGUAAGUCUGACAUCGAUGCUGCGGUUAAAAUUCUGUUGGAUUUGAAAGCUCAGUAUAAAUCGACCACCGGGAAUGAUUGGAAACCUGACAUUCCAAUAAACAAAACAAUAACAAAAGACGAUUCCAAAUCCGCCGAUUCUAUCAAUGAACAAAUUACAAAGCAAGGAGACGUUGUCCGUGAUUUGAAAGCAAGAAAAGCGUUAAAAACCGAAAUCGAACCACAAGUGAAGGUUUUGUUAGAUUUGAAAGCAGAAUAUAAAUCGAUAACCGGUAAAGAUUGGAAACCUGACUCUGCAUCGGUUUGUGUAAAAGCAAACGAAGAACCGGUCUGUCCCAAAAGUAAGGAAAUUGACCUGUCGAACAAAAUCACUGCUCAAGGAGAUAAAAUUCGUGGGCUUAAAUCCAGAAAAGUCGAUAAGGCUGCAAUAGAUGCAGAAGUCAACGUUUUGUUACAGUUAAAAACCGAUUUUAAAUCACUAACCGGAAAAGAUUGGAAACCGAUUCCUACCACCGCCGUGACGCCGAUCGUCAAAGGUGACAAAGAAAAUAUGCCACCCACAAACAAAGAGUCCACCUCCGCUUCCGGGAAUGACGCUUUAAUAGCGAAAAUAAAUUGUCAGGGUGAAAUAGUGCGAAAAUUGAAAUCUUCUACUUCAUGCAAAGAACAGAUUGAUUCUGCUGUGAAAAUUUUAUUGGAUUUAAAGGCGGAGUAUAAAAAGCUGACCGGAAAAGAUUUCCCUGUUGCUGGAAGAACCCCGAAAACAACUGCCAACAAAAAAGAAGAAAAAUCGAAACUUAAAACAGAAACAGGGAAACCGAAAGAAGACACCCAAAGUGGUACAAAAAAACAAACCAGAUUGGGUCUUGAGGCUACCAAAGAAGACAACUUGCCCGAAUGGUACUCACAGGUUAUCACAAAGGGUGAAAUGAUUGAAUAUUAUGAUGUGUCUGGUUGUUACAUUUUACGUCACUGGUCUUUUGCUGUAUGGAAAGCUAUCAAAACGUGGUUCGACGCUGAAAUAACUCGGAUGGGUGUGAAAGAGUGUUAUUUUCCCAUCUUUGUUUCCCGAGCUGCAUUGGAGCGAGAAAAAACACACAUAGCCGAUUUCGCUCCGGAAGUUGCAUGGGUCACCAAAAGUGGGGAUUCCGAUUUGGCCGAGCCAAUUGCUGUCCGCCCAACGUCGGAAACUAUCAUGUACCCAGCUUAUGCUAAAUGGAUCCAGUCGUAUCGUGAUCUGCCAAUUCGUUUGAACCAGUGGAAUAACGUUGUGAGAUGGGAAUUUAAGCAUCCGCAACCUUUUUUGCGCACUCGUGAAUUUUUGUGGCAAGAAGGGCAUACUGCAUUUGCAACCAAACCGGAAGCUGAUAAAGAAGUACUUGAAAUCUUAGAUCUAUAUGCCAAAGUUUACACCGAUCUACUCGCUAUUCCAGUUGUGAAAGGGCGUAAAACUGAGAAAGAAAAGUUUGCCGGAGGAGAUUACACCACAACCGUUGAGGCGUACAUUUCUGCAUCAGGUCGUGCUAUCCAAGGAGCCACCAGUCACGGUUUGGGUCAGAACUUUUCCAAAAUGUUUGAUAUUGUUUACGAGCACCCAGAAACAAAAGAGAAGGAAUACGUUUAUCAAAAUUCGUGGGGCAUAACCACCCGUACUAUUGGAGUGAUGAUAAUGGUGCAUGCCGACAACCAAGGACUGGUUCUUCCUCCGCGCGUAGCCUGCAUUCAGGUGAUUAUCGUUCCAUGUGGUAUCACAGCAAAUACAACCGACGAUGAAAGGAAAGCGCUUUACGAUAGCUCUAAAGAGCUAGAAUCUGCAUUGAAAACGAUGGGAAUCCGCUGUGAAGGUGAUUAUCGCGACAAUUAUUCUCCUGGAUGGAAGUAUAAUCACUGGGAACUAAAAGGAGUGCCGAUUAGAAUAGAGCUUGGGUUUAAGGAUUUGAAAAAUAAGCAGUUCGUUGCAGUUCGACGCGAUAACGGAGAAAAGAAGACCAUUCAGCGCGACAGUAUCGCAGAUAUCAAAACUUUGUUAGAAACUAUCCAUAAUAGCAUGUUCCAACGCGCGGAGCGAGAUUUACAUGAUCAUUUGAAGGUUACUAAAAAAUGGGACGAGUUUUUACAAUUCCUGGAAACAAAAAACAUCAUAAUGGCCCCGUUCUGUGGCGAGACCCCAUGCGAAGACAAAAUAAAGUCCGACAGCGUUCGUGAUGAUGUGGAAGCUGAACCUGGUGCACCUGCUAUGGGUGCCAAAACUCUUUGUAUACCAUUCGAGCAGCCAGCCAAGAUUACUGCCAAUGACAAGUGUGUUCAUCCUGCUUGUGGCCAAGACGCUAAAUUUUAUUGUCUCUUUGGAAGAAGCUACUAGGCAAUGGCGAGGUAAAAUAAGACAAAACACAUUAAUAAUAAUGAUUUAUUUCGUCAGUACUGAGUACAUGUUUUAAUUUUGUUUUCUUGACACUGUUAUCGGAUAAUGAAUUGAAGAAUACUAAACGAAUCAAAGUUUCGCAGAAAAAGCAAUCAAAGUGUAGCUUUUCAUUUUAGUAGAAUCUGACACAUGCUUUAAAAUGUAACCAAACCAUUCGGAUUUUCUAAAAUUGUCAACAUUAUAAAAGAUUUAUAUUAUGAAAA